UAAUCAAGUUGGCAUCCCCAGAUUUGUCAAGCGCAGCCAACUUUAGUCACGUCGCUGUCACGAAUUGCAAUUUUUAUAACAAAAAAAGGUUUAAUCAUUAUUUGAUAGACCUCCAAAGUGUCAGUCUGGUCAUCAAAACGGGUGGAAUUGACAGGAAACAAGUGGAUAACGAUAAAGUUGACUUAAUUGGAAAUAACAACAGCACAAGCAUUUCAAUUUUGUUUGGAGGUUAUUGGCAGACACACAUACACAGACACAAAUACAGUGAAAAUGACGUCGCUGGAUCAAAACCGUUUGCAAAACUUUAAAAACAAAGGAAAGGAUCAGGAUGAGAUGCGUCGUCGUCGUAACGAAGUGACUGUGGAACUUCGCAAGAACAAGCGCGAUGAGACAAUUUUAAAGCGACGCAAUGUACCCAACAUGGAUUCGAACACAGAUGAGGACGAUCAGUUGCCUAACUCGAUAAAUCUGAAGAAGCUUGCUUUAGCUGCCGCUGAUCCCUCCAAGCCGGAUCAACAGUUGGCCGCCGUUCAAGCAGCUCGCAAAUUGCUCUCAUCUGAUAAGAAUCCACCCAUCAAUGAUCUGAUCAACAGCGAUAUAUUGCCUAUUCUGGUUGAGUGUCUGAAACAACAUAAUCACACAAUGCUGCAAUUUGAGGCCGCUUGGGCAUUGACCAACAUUGCCUCAGGAACUUCCGAUCAAACCAAUCAGGUGGUUGCCGCCGGUGCUGUGCCGCUCUUCCUUCAACUACUGAACUCACCCGCUCCAAAUGUUUGCGAACAAGCCGUGUGGGCGCUGGGAAACAUUAUUGGCGAUGGUCCACUAUUGCGUGACUUUGUCAUUAAGCAUGGCGUUGUGCAGCCGUUGCUGUCGUUUAUUAAACCCGAUAUUCCCAUAUCGUUCUUGCGCAAUGUCACCUGGGUGAUUGUCAAUUUGUGCCGAAACAAGGAUCCGCCACCACCAGCAGCCACUAUACUCGAAAUCCUGCCCGCACUCAAUGUGCUGAUCCAUCACACUGACACAAACAUUUUGGUCGAUACGGUUUGGGCCAUCAGUUACUUGACCGAUGGCGGCAACGAUCAAAUCCAAAUGGUUAUCGAUAGUGGCGUUGUUCCCAAGCUGAUACCUCUGCUGGGCAACAGUGAGGUGAAGGUGCAGACGGCAGCCCUCCGUGCUGUGGGCAACAUUGUGACCGGAUCAGACGAACAGACACAGGUGGUACUCAAUUUCGACGCAUUGUCGUACUUCCCGGCGCUCCUGUCGCAUCCAAAGGAGAAGAUACGCAAGGAGGCUGUCUGGUUCCUCUCAAACAUCACCGCCGGCAAUGAGUCACAGGUGCAGGCCGUCAUUAAUGUCGGUCUGUUGCCAAAGAUCAUUGACAACCUGAGCAAGGGUGAAUUCCAGACACAGAAGGAAGCAGCAUGGGCUAUUAGUAAUUUGACCAUUAGCGGAAGACCCGAGCAAGUUUUUACAUUAAUCAAGGAAGGUGUAAUUCCACCAUUCUGCGAUCUGCUUUCAUGCCAGGACACACAAGUGAUCAACGUUGUUCUCGAUGGUCUUAACAACAUGCUCAAGGUGGCCGGAUCACAUGUGGAAGAGGUUGCCAAUUUGAUUGAGGAGUGCGAGGGACUGGCUAAAAUUGAGCGCUUGCAAAGCCAUGAGAAUGUUGAGAUUUACAAGUUGGCAUACGAAAUCAUUGAAAAAUACUUCACAGAGGGCGAACAAUCCAACCUGGCACCGACCUCUGAUGGUACAGAAUACAACUUUGAUCCGAAUACUGACAAACUACCAAUGAACUCGUUCAACUUUUAACAUAAUGGAUGAGGAGUAACCAAUAGCGUAUACACCUGAAGUGUGUAUACUUUGAUUAAUAGCAUAGCAAUAAAAUUUCGAGCGAUACUCCGUGCCCAUCAACAACUCUGACAGCAAGAAGAUAUGCAAAAAAUAUGCACAUUCUAUAUGACAGCUUGGUUAUAUAUACAAUAACAAACAUAUACAUACAACAACACAACAAAAUCAUUGCAGCAAUUAUUUUUCUUAAUUUCUGUGUUAACUAAAUUUAUAUUCGUACAUACUUCGUAAUGCUUUAUGUAUAUGAAAAAGUAAAUCAAAAACAAAUAUUUUAUUAAACUAUGUCUAAAGUACGAUGCAAAACACAUAGUUCUUUUAGUUAUUUAUAUUUUCAAGUAAUUAAAUAUAUUUAAAAUUUCAAUGUAGGUUCCCCCUCACUUCCAAGUAUUUCUCCCAAUGGGCUGCAAGGGCGUUAACGAAAUAUUGCAAUUGCAACAAAUGUGCUAAAUACAGCAACAAAAACACACAGGAAUGAUAAAAAAUUGUAGAACUAUUUGAUUUGUAAUGAAUAAUUUUAAUGAUAUGUACGCCUUUGAUUUGUAAUUGAAAUUACAUAUACAUUUCUAACAUGAAAACGAUAAAACACGGCA